AUGAGCGGGGCUCAGAAGGGAAUUGGUAGCAACACCAGAGGAGCCAAGCACCAGCUACUGGUCGAGCAGUCGCCCGAGACUCACAUUGUCAAGGGAGGCAACAAAAUCCACCAAGCCCCGGAAAAUGUCGGGGUUGUCCAAGGAGUCCGAGGAGUCCGAAGGCUUCAUAUCCCUCACUCCGCUUGGCUUAACUGCUACAUAGACCCGCCUCCUGGGGGCGCUUUCUCUAUCGCCCCAGAGCUGAUGAGGCGUUCAGACAAGCAGAGGAAAGCCGCCACUGGGAGUGAGCAAGAAAUCGACUCACUGAUCCACACCAUCAGGAUCUACAUAGGGAUGUCAUCCGGAUUGGACAAGUGUGGCCGGAUGGUCUCAAAGAGAGGUGAGCUGGAGCAAGCCUUUGGGUACUACGGACCCCUCAGAACCGUCUGGAUCGCCAGGAACCCUCCCGGGUUCGCCUUUGUGGAGUUUGAGGAUCCACGAGAAGCAGACGAUGCCAUCGGAGGGUUAGAUGGAAAAUCAAUCUGUGGGAGUUGCGUGGAGGUCAAACUCUCCACUGGUAGUUCAAGGCCCCCUCACUUCGAGCAGCCCCCCACCAGAAGACCUUUUGACCCCAAUGAUAAGUGCUACGAGUGUGGAGAGAAAGGUCAUUACGCCUAUGACUGUCACCGCUACAGCCGUGGCAGCAGGAGGAGCAGAUUCACAUGUUUACAACGACCUGUGACCUGUGGACACGCCCCCUUCCUGUAAGCCCGUCCCUUUGGUGAUGUCCAGCAGCAGCGUGGACUGAGAGUCAGACUGAGCAGAGAGACUUCAGCUCCACUCACAG